AUGGAACCAAAGUUUUCAAACUCAGAUAUUCACUAUAACAAGGAGUUUGACGAUGUUGAUGAGGAUGGUGUUUUGGUGAUAAAUGCAGCUAACAGGAAAAUUGCCAAGUUUCCUGAAUUUUUACCAACGUGGGAUCCACGUGAAAAGUAUCCACCCUUGAAAUUCCAUAAAUAUCAAGAUCGCGGUAGUUUAGCUGAUCCAGCAUUUCCUAAUUUGUUUCCCAAGGGUGGAGAUUUCACAGUUCGAAAAAUCACACCAAAGUUUGGAACUGAAGUUAGUGGUGUUCAAUUAUCUCAGUUGAAUGAUGCUGGUAAAGACGAGCUUGCUUUAUUGUUAGCUCAAAGAAAAGUCUUGUUGUUCAAUGACCAGGACUUUGCUAGUAAAGGUCCUGAGUUUGCUGUUGAGUUUGGUAAAUAUUUCGGUCCAUUACAUAUUCAUCCAAGUUCGGGUUCUCCCAAAGGCCACCCAGAGUUGCACAUCACCUAUAGGAGACCAGAGAAGGGAGAAUUGGGAAGAAUCUUUAAUGAAAGAGUAACCAAUACUUCUUGGCACAGUGAUAUAUCUUAUGAGUUAACUCCAAGUAAAUUCACAGUUUUCCAAGUGUUGGAAAGUGGUGACGGUGGAGAUACUGUUUUUGCCGAUACUCAAGAAGCUUACAGAAGAUUGUCUCCACGCAUGCAAAAGAUGUUGGAGGGUUUACAUGUUUUACACACAAGUGAAGAUCAGGCUUUCAACUCAUCUAUUCAAGGGGGUAUCCAGAGAAGAAAACCAGUUUCCAAUAUCCAUCCAUUGAUCAGAUUGGAUCCAGUAACAAAAGAAAAGUCAAUUUUUGUCAAUCGUGGGUUUGGCAGAAGAAUUGUUGAGUUGAAGAAGGAAGAAAGUGAAUACUUGUUGAACUUUUUAAAUGACUUGAUUGAAAAAAGUCAUGACUUGCAAUUGAGAGUCAAUUGGGAAGGCGGUGUAAAGAAUAAGGUUGCUUUGUUCCAUAACAGUGGUGUACAACAUACUGCUUCCUUUGAUACUGUGGAAGGUGAUGUUAGACACGCUUUCAGAAUUAGUGUUUUGGCUGAGCGUCCAAUUGAGAAAAUCGAAGAUUUGAAUAAGGAGGACUAUUCACCAGGUGAUUUGGAACAGGCUUUUGCAAGCUUAAAGGCUGAAUAA